UUCAUUUUGUGGUCCUUGUUCUUGAAUGACUUAUUAGCAGGCUGUAUUGCUGUAGGGUUCUCGGUGUUCGAAACUCGUUCAGAGACAGAAAGAGAGAUGGGAGGAGGACAUGGAGACGAUGGGCACAGCACGACUUACAAAGGCUUCACCAUGCAUCGCCCUAAGCGAUGGCAUACCGUCACCGGAAAGGGUUUGUGCGCCAUCAUGUGGUUUUGGGUAUUCUACAGGGCUAAGCAAGAUGGCCCCGUAGUCUUGGGUUGGCGGCAUCCUUGGGAGGGGCAUGACUCCCAUGGUCAUGGCCAUGAAUCGCAUGAUCAUUAGGCCUUCCAUUGAAGAACUAAGAGAAGAAU